AAAAACAACAACCACAACUACAGAAAACAAUAUAAUAUAAAAAUAAUAUAAUAAUAAUAAUAAUAAUUCUUUAUUAUUAUUAAUUUUCUUUAUUAUGGUUUUAUAACAAAUAAAAAAUCAACUAGUAAUAAUACAUAUAAAUUCGAAUUAAAUUAUAUAUAAAUAUAAAUAUAGAAAAAAAAAGAAAAAAAAGAAAUAUUUUUAAUUUUUAAAAAUUAAAAAUAAAAAUAUAAAAUGGAUCAAUCACAAACACAACAAAUCCCAGUACCAACAGCACCAAAGCAAAUUGGUGUUGAUGUAAAUGGUGCAAUGAAGGAAUUGGUUAUUCAAGUUAUGAAUUCUAUCGACACAACAUUUACAAUUAUAUCAGAUUCUUUUAGAGUAGUUUAUUUAGAUCCAGAUGAUUCAGGUUUAUCACCAUUAGAUGACAACGAAGACGAAAUGGGCAGUGAUAAUGAAGAUACAGAUGAUGAUGAAGAGCAACAAGAAAUUCAGGUUCAGGCAGAGUGCAAUCUUUAUACUUUUGAUGCAAAAAAUAAACAGUCAGUUGAAGAUCUCAAAAGAGUUGUCUCAACAGUUCAAUUACAACAACAACAACAACAACAACAAAAUUUAGAUACACCAAUUAUACCAUCAUUUAUAGUCGUAGUUAAUGUUGGUCCAGGUAUUAGUUAUUGCGAAGAUUUUAAGAAGGCAAGCGGUGGUUUACAAUUUAUCGAAUGGACAUCAAAUGACAAUGGUAGAGAGGUUUUAAAAGUUUCAUGUAAUUUAUUAUCACAUCAUAAAAAACAAAUUGAAUUAACAAAAGCAUGCACGACUGGUGAUGUUAAUCUUUUAGAUGAAAUUAUUUUAUCAGGUGUUUCAACUGAACAAUUGAAAGAAGCACAUAGAGCAGGUCAUGCAAUUGUAUUUGAUUCAUUAUUAACACAUAAUAGUAAAGCAUUAGUAGUUACUGGUACUAUGGCAUUAUUAGGAGCAAUUGUAGAGAAUGGAGAUAGAAAAGGUAAAAGAUUAUCAUUAGCAAAAUCAUCUUUAAAUCAUUUUCCAAUGUCAGUUACACAAAUGUGUAGUCAUUUAGUAGAGUUGGAUCUUAGUGACAAUAGAAUCGAAGUUUUACCAGCAGAUAUUCAGCUCUUAAAAUCACUCAGAAUUUUAAUUCUCCGUGGUAAUCUUUUAGAAGAUAUUCCAUUAGAAAUUUGUUAUUUGGGCGACCUCAAAAUCCUUGAACUUCAAGACAAUCCAUUAAGUAAUUUCCCGAAUAGUGUAGUUCAAUCAGGUACCAAAAAUCUUUUAUUAUUCUGUAAAAAUAUAUUGGAGAGAAAGAAAUGUGAAACUUGGAAUAAAGUUAAAUUAAUGUUUGUUGGUCAAGAAGGUGUAGGUAAAACAAGUCUUUGUCAAGCAUUGAAAGGUUCAAAGAAAAAGAAAGCAGAGCUUCAAGUUAGUGGUGAUACCGUAUCAACUGAAGGUGUAAAAAUUCAAAAUAUUAAAGGAAAAAAAGUUGAUUUCUCUGCUUGGGAUUUUGGUGGUCAACAAGUUUUCUAUCCAACCCAUCAAUUCUUUUUAACUUCACAAGCACUCUAUUUAGUUGUAUUCAAACUUACCGAUCCAAAUUUUGCAGAAAGAGUAAAUUACUGGGUUAGACAGGUUAAGUCAUGUUCAUCUGGUGCUGUUCCUGCUAUUUUUUUAGUUGGUACUCAUACUGAUGUUUGUACUCCAGAACAGUUAGGCGAGGCAGAAUCUAUUUUAAAAUCAAACUUUUUACAAUAUACUCGUGUUAAAGAUAAUGCCAUUAAUUUUGUAUGCUGCCAAACUGGUAAGGGUAUUAAAGAGUUAAAGAGAAAAUUAAUUCACGAAGCUGAAAAGAGUCAUCUCAUCAAAAAGAAUAUUCCAGGUAACUACAUUAUUCUAGAGCAUCGUCUCACCAAUAGAGGUGCUAAUCCAGGUAGAAUGACAAUAAAUGGUACUUUAAGUGCUAUCAAUCUUCAAAAAGAAAGAUAUAUCGAUUACGAAGACUAUGAAAAUGAAUGUAAUUUAUCACAUCUCCAACCAGAAGAUGUUAAAGGUGCAACAGAAUUCCUUCACAACCUUGGUAUUAUUCUCCAUUUCGAUACACCAACUUUAAGAAACCUUGUAGUAUUAGAUCCACAAUGGCUCGCCGAUGUUAUGAGCUCGCUCAUCACUUUCUCUCAUAACUGGAUUAAAAAAGGUAUUUUAAAUCACUCUGAGUUGGUUGCGGUAUGGGGUGGUAAAUACGAUCAAUCACUUUGGCCAUUAUUAUUAAAGCUUUUAGAGAAAUUUGAAGUAUCUUACGAAUUACCAAAUGUUCAAAAAUCUCUCAUUCCAAGUCUUUUGCCAGAGGAGCCCGAAGGUGAAGUUCUCUCAAUCAAAGAUAAAGAAUGGUUAUCUUUACCACAAGCUAUUGAGAGUGGUCGUUGUCAAAUUUUUGGUUGCGAUUACAAUUUCAAUUUUAUGCCAUUAGGUUUCUUUGCUCGUUUACUUUUAAGAAUUUUAUUAAUCAAUGGUAUCGAAGUUCGUACUUAUUGGAGAAAUGGUGUUUUGGUUGAAAUUUUAUCUCAAGAUCAAAAUAAAGGAACAAAUAAUAGUAAUAGCAAUACUGGUAAUGCUGCUGAUAAUGAAGACUCUGCCACUGUAAAUACAAAAACAAUGUUAAAUUCAUCGAUUGCAAAUUCUUCAUCUUCAAACAUUUCACCAACCACUUCACCAUCAAAAGGUAGUUUGGAUAAUUCAUUAGUCGGUUUUAGUAGUCCAUUAUCCUCAAAUGCUCCAAGACAUCAAGCUUUAAUUACUUUUAUUAAAAAGAAAUCAUUUGAAUCAAAAGAUAAAGACUCAUAUAAAUUGAACAUUGAAGUUCGUUCAUUCAAUACCUCGAUAGAUGUUGAUCAUUCUGCUUCACUCUUCUUCCAGCAAAUUCUUUUCACAAUUGAUACUCUUUUAUCAAGUUCAUAUGUUGGUUUAGAAAUUACUCGUGUUAUUCCAUGUAUUCAUUGUAUCCAAAAGAAUCCACGUGUCGAACCAUACUAUUUUGAAUUUGCUAGUUGUAUUUCCGCUAUUCAAGAUGGUAAAGCAUCAUUAUUCUGUAGAAAUGAUCCUAGUAUCCCAGUACGUGUUGAUUAUAUUGCUCCAGAUCUUUGUAUUAAAAAAGUCCCAAUUAUCGAACCAAGUGAAGUUGAAUAUGAAAAACAAAUUGGUAAAGGUGGUUUUGGUUUAGUUCAUAAAGGUCGUUUAAAGGAUGGCACAGUCGUUGCUAUUAAAUCAUUAAUUUUAGAGGGUGGUGACGAAGAGUUAAUAGAGAAAUUCCAAGAGUUCCAACGUGAAGUUUUUAUUAUGUCAAGUCUCAAUCAUCCAAAUGUUGUUAAACUUUUCGGUCUUAUGCAUAACCCACCACGUAUGGUUAUGGAGUUUGUUCCUUGUGGAGAUCUUUACCAUCGUCUUCUUGAAAAAAAUCAUCCAAUUAAAUGGAGUGUUAAACUUCGUAUUAUGAUCGAUAUCGCCAAAGGUAUCGAAUAUAUGCAAAAUCAAAACCCACCAAUUGUUCAUCGUGAUCUUCGUUCACCAAAUAUUUUCCUUGUUUCACUAAACGAAGAUGCUCCAGUUUGUGCUAAAGUUGCUGAUUUUGGUUUAAGUCAACAAUCAGUCCAUUCUGUUUCUGGUCUUUUAGGUAAUUUCGAAUGGAUGGCUCCAGAGGCAAUUGGUGCUCAAGAAGAAUCCUAUACCGAAAAGGCUGAUACCUAUUCAUUCGCUAUGAUUCUUUAUAAUAUUUAUACUGGUAAUCAUCCAUUCGAUGAAUACAAACACGGUAAAAUAAAGUUCAUCAAUAUGAUUAGAGAAGAAAAUCUUAGACCAACCCUUCCAGAUGAUAUGCCAAGUCGUUUAAGAAAUGUUAUCGAGCAAUGUUGGAGUGGUGAUCCAAAGAAAAGACCAGCAUUUAGCUAUGUCGUCAAAGAAUUAGAAGAGCUUGGUUCAAGUAGUUCAGUUAAUAAAUCAAAUGUUUCAGUUUCAUCAAACACUCCAAACGGUGCUAGUAUUUCAAGUAGUGCCAGUGUCGAAGAUUUAAAUCAAAAAGAUAGAUCAUUAACAACCACAACCACAACACCGUUACCAUCAUCACCAAGUGGAUCUGGUUUAGUAAACUCAAUAAAUAAUAAUAACUAUACCACCGACUCAAGCACUAGCUCUACAAACCUUUUAAGUACAUCAAACAACUCUCAAAAUCCAAUCAAUUUUAUUGGUAAUGUUUUAGCCCAUAAAAAACUAGAAGUUUUAGCUGGUGUUGAAGCUGGUGAUUCAGUAUGGACCAAAACUCAAGAAGGAUACCUUUGUUUCUGGUCAGCAAAGAAGGGUCAUUUGGUAAAUGAAUUUAAAUGUCCACAUUCAAAUUUAACAACAGGUUUCACUAAAGUUGGUAAAUAUAUCUGGGAAGCCACAAACUCAUCAAUUAUUUAUAUUUGGGAUAUGGGUACCAUGAAUAUAGUUCAACAAAUAAACACACCACACAAAGGUUCAAUAGUACUUUAUUUUGUAGAAUUUGGUGAUAAUUGUGGUGUAUGGAGUGGUGGUUCAGAAGGUACACUCUGUCUCUGGGAUAUGCAAACCUUCGAGAAAAAACACUCUCUCUCCUUUGAAGGCCCUAUUACUUCGAUGUCAUUGUCUUCACAAAACUUGUAUAUUGCCUCAGGAAAUCAAAUCCUCAUUUGUAAAACAAAAUCUCUUCAGAUGAACAGCUCACAAUCAUGGAAACAUACUACUGGUACCAUUUCCUCAAUUGUUGCUCUUAAAGAUGAAGUUUGGAGUGGUGGUUCAGAUGGUAGAAUUUAUACUUGGAAAAUGAAAAACGAAUUUGAUAUUCAAAAGAUUCAAAGCUUUGAAGCCCAUAAAGAUAAAAUUACCUCUCUUGUUUGGUUGGAAGAUAAUGUUUUAUCUGGUUCACUCGAUAAAUCAAUAUCCCUCUUCAAAAUUUCAGAUCCAAAGAAACCUUAUACUACCUCCGAACAUAUUAAACAUGGUGUAACAUCAAUAAUAAAAGUUCAAUCCCAUGUAGUUUGGACAAUCACAACCGAUACAACAACACCAAUAUUACUUUGGAAUAUUCCUCAAAAAUGGGAAAAGAAAACAGCUACUGGUGGUAUAAUACAAAGAAAAUUCAAAUUUUUACGUUAAAAAAAAAAAAAAAAAAAAUCAACAACAAUAACAACAUCAAUAAUUAUAACCAAUAAUAAUAUUUAAUUAAAUUAAUUUAUAAUAUAAAAUAUAAAAUAAAAUUCAAAAAUGUAUUUAUUAAU